AUGGCGGGGUCAGCUCGCCGGCGCGCGCUCCUCCUGCUCCUCCUCGCGUCCUCCUUGUGCGCCUGCUCGGGGGCGGAGCCGCUGGCCGCUGAGCGGACGCGCCGGAAGGACCCCCUGGACGGGCUCCGGCCCUACGCCGGCGGCUGGAACAUCAGCGACAGGCACUACAUCGCCUCGGUGGCCUUCAGCGCCGCGCCGGUGUUCGCGGCCGCGGCGGUCUGGCUCGUCGGCUUCGCCCUGGCGGCGCUCGUGGCCUGCUGCUGCCGGUGCUGCCGCGGCAGCCCCACCAGGGACGACGACUACUCCUACUCGCGCGGGACCUUCGCCGCCUCCCUCCUCCUCCUCCUCGCCUUCACCGCCGCCGCCAUCAUCGGGUGCGCGGUGCUGUACGACGGGCAGGCCAAGCUGGACGGCAGCACGUCGGCGACGCUGCGCUACGUGGUGCGCCAGUCGGACGGCGCGGCGGCGAGCCUCCGGGGGUUCGCCGGGUUCAUCGAGACGGCCAAGGCGUCCGGCGGCGCCGCCAUGCCGCGCGACCUCGGGGCCAAGGUCGACCAGGUCGCCAGCAGGGUGGGCGCCGCGGCCGACGAGCUCGCCGCGCGCACCGCCAGCAACGCCCGCAAGAUCCGGACCGUGCUCGACACCACAAGGAAGAUCCUGAUCGGCGUCUCGGCCGUGAUGCUGGUGCUGGCGUUCCUGGGCCUCGUGUUCUCGUUGGCUGGCCUGAGCUCAGUCGUUCGCUUCCUAGUGUUACUGGGAUGGAUCCUCGUUACCGCAACAUUUAUAUUGGGCGGCGUUUUCCUUCUCUUGCACAACGCGGUCGGGGACACGUGCGUGGCCAUGGAGGAAUGGGUGCUCCGCCCGCCGGGCAGCAGCAACAGCACCGCCCUGGACGACAUCCUCCCGUGCGCCGACGCGGCGGCGACCUCGGAGGCGCUGCGCCGGAGCAAGGAGGUGAACCACCAGCUGGUGGCCACCCUCAACGACGUGCUCGCCAACGUCUCCAACGCCAACACCUUCCCGCCGGGCGCCGGCCCGCCCCUCAACUACAACCAGUCCGGCCCGCCGGUGCCGCUGCUCUGCAGCCCCUACCGCGCCGACCUCUCCGACCGCCCCUGCGCCGCCGGCGAGGUGCCGGCCGCCUUCGCGCCGCAGGCGUGGCGGGGCCACGUGUGCCAGGCGGCGGGCGCGCCGGGGCAGGAGACGUGCGCGACGCCCGGGCGGCUCACGCCGUCGAUGUACGCCCAGGCGCUGGCGGUGGCGAACGCCAGCGCGGGGCUGGUGGGCUACGGGCCGCCGCUCGCGGGGCUGGCGGACUGCACGUUCGUGCGGCGGACGUUCGAGGCCGUGGUCGCCGACGGCUGCCCCGGGCUGCGGCGGCACAGCGGCCGGGUGUACCGGGCGCUGGCGGCCGUGGCCGUGGCGGUGGCCGCGGCCGUGGCGGCGUGGGUGGUGCACACCAGGGAGCGGCGGCGGCGGCGCGAGGCCGUGCGGUUCCGGGUGUCGCCCUACCGGCUCCCCAUCGAGGACAAGUCGCUGCUCAAGAGCCCCCGCCGGCCCUACCGGCGCGCCGAGAGCGGCGGGCUCAUCGGCAAAGGCGGCUGGUGA